GCUAUACCUGCAGGCUACAGCUGAGUCAUGGCGUAUGUGCCGUACUACGAGUAUAUCGUGGUCGGGUGCGGAGGUGUGGGCAGUGGGGCUGUGUACUGGCUGGCCAAGAGGGCGGGGAAAGGUGUGCUAGGGUUGGAACAGUUCAAGUUGGGCCAUGACAACGGGGGGUCACAGGACCACUCCAGAAUCAUACGCCUGUGUUACCAUGACCCACGGUACACCAGGAUCGUGAGGGACACAUACAGGGCUUGGGAGGAGGUAGAGAGAGAGUCCGGUCUGCAGCUGGUUUAUAAGACUGGAGGACUGGACUUUACCCUGAAGGGCGGACCGCAGGAAUGGCUCAUGGAGGAGUACGCCAAAGCUAUGGACGCGCAGGGCAUCCCGUACGAGCGGCUGGACGGGCCUGAGAUCCGGCGCCGGUUCCCGCAGUUCGAGCUGGGCGCGGAGACGGUGGGGCUGUACCAGGCAGAUACAGGACUGGUGGACGCCGCUAGGGGGAACUCCGCACACAUCCAGCUGGCCCGGGCGCACGGAGCCACCGUCAUGGACGAGUGCGCCGUGCUCAAGAUCGACAGGAUGAAGAACGGAAUGACGCUGGUGCGGACCAGUAAGGGAGACUUCCGUUGCCGGCGAGUGGUGGUGGCGGCCGGCGCUUGGAUUAACCACGUCCUGCGGUCUGUGGGAGCACACAUCCCCGUGGCCGUCACACAGGAACAGGUCACCUACUUCGCCACGCCGCACGUCAAGGAGUUCACCAAGGAGAGGUACCCCACCUGGAUAAGCCACACACCUGACUACGACUUCUACGGGCUGCCCAUCCACGGGAACACCGGAAGUAAGAUCGGCAUCGACGCGGGGGGUCCUCGCGUCACACCGGAAACCAGGACCUACGUACCAGACCCGGUCAGAGAGAAGGCCUGUAUAGACUUUCUGCAGAAAUACAUUCCAAGGUCCCUGGGCCCGAUCAUGUACAGUAAGACGUGUCUGUACACCAUGACUAUGGACAGGCACUUCGUCAUCGACACGCUGGCCACCAAGGGCUGGCCUGACGUCAUCAUCUGCUGUGGCGCUGGGCAUGCCUACAAGUUUGCCUCCCUGUUGGGCAAAAUUCUCAGUCAGCUGGCGAUUGACGGGCGCACGCAGUACCCGAUCGACGACUUUACCAUGAACCGGCCUGCGGUCACUGACCCCAACUUCAAACCUGUCUUCUACAUGGGGAAAGCCAAACCACAGGACUCACCACAGGCUAAACUAUAGGAGAUAUUUAGCCUCUACCAGGCUUCGGGAAGCAGCUAAAAAGAGUAUAAAUUAGUCGAAUAGACAGCUAACAUGCCAGGGCACGACAAACCGUACUCUCUAGCGGACCAACUCACCUGGCAUGUUCUCUCUCUAUUUCGUCGCCUCUCGAAGCCUUGUAGAGGAUGGGAUACAUUGCUUGUUGGUCUUCCACUUCAACUUUAAACAUGUAUGAAGAAAGGAAUGUGCAAUUCCUGGCCACUGCGUGGUCUUGUGUUUGAACGUCGGACAUAAAUGCACUAGUAUCCACAAACAUGCAAUUUAUCUCCUGAUAUAAUGACUGAUUAAUGACUAAUAAUAUCUUGAGGCCUGUGCGUAAUUAAUAAUUUACGCAGUUGCUUUUAGAUGCCUACAUGAUGAUUUGGAUUAAAAGUGCGGUAAAAUUGAUAGCCUGCGAUGUAAUUAAUAAUACCGUAUACGUCUACGUUGGCGUUUUGUACUGAAUUUAAUUCUUCUUAUACUUCAGGAUACUUUUAAGAAAA